AUGGACAUGGAGCUCGGCUAUCGGUUCGGAACCCGCAGCGAGAGAUUUCAAAGCUUGGAUGCUCUCCUUUCGUUAGCUUCUAGUUUCUCGCUUUUCCUUGUUCUUUUUCUUUCUUCCCCGGUGGUUGCUACAUCUUUCUUUCUCCUGUACUCUGAACCUGGUCGUAUCACUUUGAUUAAAGCGGUCUUGCAAGCAAUACCUAUAUAUCAGCUCUCGUUCUCUUGUGUUCCAAAAUCGGUCGUGAGAAACCUUAAUUCUAUCUUUGUCAAGUUCUUGUGGGGUGGGGGCGGGGGGAACUCGGGGUCUAUAGCGUGGAUUAAAUGGGGUGUCUUAUGCUCUAAUAAAAGUGAAGGAGGGCUGGGGUUUAAGAAUCUUGAAUGGUUUAGUUGGGCGUCAGUGAGUAAGUGGAUUUGGAGAUACUUGGAGGGAGAAGAGGCACUGUGGGUGAGGGUGUUGAGAUCAGUUCAUGGUGAUGUUGUUUGGGGAGGGGAAGGAGGGGCUGGGCUGGGCUGUCCGGGUGUGGGUAGGGGGUGGUGGCCGAAGAUACUUAACCUGGGAGGGAGAGCGAGUGGGGGCUGGUUCUUACAAAAUCUAUCCCGUUCUAUUGGUAACGGGAGGAAUACAAAAUUUUGGGGUAAUAGAUGGUUGGGGGCUAAACCUCUUAGGUAUGUUGACCCGAGGCUCUUUCGUUUGUGUGUUGAUAGAGAUGUGUCGGUUGAGAAGUUCGGGAACUGGGUGGAGGGGACGUGGUUGUGGGAGUUUAGGUGGAGAAGGCAGUUGUUCGGAGUGGGAGAAAGGAUUGCUUAA